CUGGCGCCUCCGGCCUGCGCGCGGCCCCCUCCAACAUGGAGGGCUGGCGAGGAGCCUGGUAUGUGCCAUGUCUAGCUUCACUUGAGACCCUCCAAGAAUUAUGUAGGAAGGAAAAUCUCAGAUGUAAAUCCCUUGGAAUCACCAACAGGAAUCUAAAGAGUUAUGAGGUGGAAUAUUUGUGUGACUACAAGGUAGACGAGGGCACAGAAUACUAUCUUGUGAAAUGGAAAGGAUGGCCAGAAUCUUCAAACACUUGGGAACCCUUGAAAAAUCUGAAAUGCCCAGUGCUUCUUCAAAACUUUCUCAGUGACCAGAAUGAGUAUUUAUCUCGGGUAAAAGAAGUCAAAGCUCUGAAAGUGAAAAACCAUGUUAAAGCCUUGAAACCUGCAGUUGCAGAUUACAUUGUAAAGAAGGCUAAGCAAAGAAUAGCUCUUCGGAGGUGGAAAGAAGAACUCAACAGGAAAAAGAAUCAUAAAGCAAUGAUUCUUGUAGAAAACACUGUGGAUCUCGAAGGCCCUCCUUUAGACUUUUACUACAUUAAUGAGUAUAAACCUGCCCCAGGAAUAAAUGUAAUUAAUGGAAUAACAACUGGCUGUGAAUGCUCCGACUGCCCUGCUGAGAAAUGCUGUCCAAAGGAGGCUGGAUUUCUUUUGGCUUACAAUAAACGAAAGAAGUUGAAAAUCCAGCCUGGCUUGCCAAUUUAUGAAUGCAAUUCAUAUUGUAGGUGUGGUCCUGACUGCCCUAACAGGAUAGUGCAGAAAGGGACACCGUAUUCUCUGUGCAUCUUCCGAACUAACAACGGCCGUGGUUGGGGAGUAAAAACCCUCCAGAAAAUUAAAACCAACAGUUUUGUGAUGGAGUAUGUCGGAGAGGUAAUCACAAGUGAGGAAGCAGAGAGACGAGGCCAGCUCUACGACAACCAGGGAAAUACCUACUUGUUUGAUUUGGACUAUGACUCGGAUGAAUUUACAGUAGAUGCAGCUCACUAUGGAAAUGUGUCCCACUUUGUGAAUCACAGUUGUGAUCCAAAUCUUCAAGUCUUCAAUGUGUUUAUCGAUAAUCUUGAUCUGCGUCUUCCUCGGAUAGCACUGUUUUCUACAAGGACCAUCAAAGCUGGAGAAGAGCUAACCUUUGAUUAUCAGAUGAAGGGUUCAAUAGAUCUGACUUCAGACUCUGCUGAUGGUCUUAGCCCCUCCAGAAAGAGGAUCCGAACUGUGUGUAAAUGCGGAGCUGUGUGUUGCAGAGGCUAUCUCAACUGAGGCCGGGUGUCCAAAGUCACCAACGUGUCGUUCGGUUUUAAAUGGAUUUUAAGAAGACUGUUCUCUUGCACAUAUUUUAGAGUAUUUUUACAUCUAAUAUAAACAGGUACAAUGAAAACAAGGCAUUACAUUGGUAUUCAAAAUGGCAUUGGCCAAAGAAAGAGAUAUAGUGUUACAGGCAAAUAUGAAACCAAUACCAUGGACUUAAAGUUUAAUUUUUUCCUAGCACUGUUAUUUAGGMAGCAGUAAAAUGUAUGCUGAGAGAAUGCUUGAAGAUGUACCUUGAUCGGAGUAUUGAGUGUAAAGUUACAGCCCUAGGCAUUUUAAGAACUAAUUUCAGUGAGAUGAAAGGAUGUUGCAUACUUUGUGUACCUUGAAAAGACAAGACUGAAGGCAUUGUGUUUAAGUCCCAAAUCGUAGCUAAGGAUCCUCUUGCUUCUUUCUCUUUCUCUUUCUCUUUCUUUUUAUUUUGCUGUUUAAAAGAAAAGCUCUAGAAGAUUAGCAAUAACAUUUAUGGCACCAUGGUGAAGGAUUAAGGAAAGCCCUCAGACUUUGUCUAGAUGAAGGUUCACAGGAAUAAAGAUUUUAAAGUGUCCAUGAAAUUCACAUAAGUAAAGUCAUUGGCAUUAGCAGAUUCUGGUUGCAAGAGCAGAGUUGCAAAACAAAUGCUUUUAGUUUGUUAUUUAGGUUAACAAAUAGAAAUUUUACCUUCUGAAGUUCUGAUUUUUAGUUAGGAUGCUAUAGACAGUCUGCAAUUCUACAGAGAAUUUGUAAAUAUCAGAUUAUUGGUAUUAACAUACGCUGUUUGUUUUGGUUGUUUAAAUUUGGCAGUCAUUGCUGAAACAAAUUACUGCUUACAAUUUGGAAAUAGGUAACAAAAGAAUAGGGAAAGCAGCCCCGUUGUUUAACCAAGCUGUUGUAUUACAAAGAUAAACUUGGUUAUCUGUUUAAGUACAGAAAGAAGUAACCUGGGAAGUGAUUUGUAUUCACAACUGGUUUCAAUUAAGUUUAUACAUACUGUGACUUUUUUAUCUAGUGACAGAUUUUUAAAAGGUUAGGCCUCUUUUUUUUAUUUCUUGUUGCAAAAAUGUUAACUUCAGUGAAGUUAGACUAGGGGUUGAGUUGACCUACUUGUUGUAGAUGUAUGUAAGAUGUUUUUGAAUGUAAAGGCUGAGAAAUACUCUUUGCUUCAGCUGCUUGUAUCUUUUUUUUCUGAUCAUCUUAAAGUUGCAUUGAUUUUAUUGAUAAACAUAUGCGAAGUUUUGCUUGGCUUCAGAAACACUGAAGAGCAGUUCAGUUAGGUUAUGGGUAGAGUUGCAGCCGUGGUCCUUAUUCCAGGGAUGACUUAAGUGCUUUACAUUCACGGAGUAAAAGCUUGUAAGACUUGCAUACCGCUCACAAAUCAUGUAUCUGUGGAUAGGGUCAUGCGGAAUAAUGUUGCUCCAUAAAUGGACGCUCGCUAUGUAUCAUAGGUCAGCUGGUUACCUUUAUAAGGUACAAGGCUGUUGGCUCAGGUGAAUGAAGUCAAGUACCCAGCAUAUAACAAUUUACUUAAUUUGUUAGAAAAUGCCUUAAAUUCUAUGUUAAUUACUAGCACUCCAACAAGAGUGUUUCAAAGGGUAAUCCAGGUUGUUUGUUGAUUAAGCACAGUUGUGUUUGCACUGAAGAUCUGGCUCUCUGGCAGAAGGAGAAAUUUUAUGUGCUACUAGACAACGUUUCGUGGUUUGGAUGAAGAGCGAGGGCCUUUGGAAGUGCUUUGUAAGUUUUGUAAUCUACAGAGAUACACCUUGAAAUAGCUACUUUAUAUUGUUUAUUGAAUAAGAAGAAGCUUGCCUAGAUUUAAAGGUAUCUGACAUUGCGAGGCUUUGCUGUAUCCACACUCGGAUAAAUACAGAAUCUAAACAAUUUUUAUCAUAUCAUGUCUCUAAGAAUCGUUUCUAAAGCUUAUGUGGAAUGUGGAGCUUCAGUGUUCACAAACAAACUUAUGUCAUUCGGAAUUAAYAGGUUUUCUCUUGCAUGUAGCCCGAUUCAGCAACGCAUUCCGUGUGGAUGGAAUCUGUGAUCUCCAGCUCCCUAGUCUGUUGCAGAUCUGCAGCCCUUCCUGUUGGUUUAGAACGCCGGAGUGGCUGUGGCAAGAGGCAGAGUCUUUGCCAGAUCCUGUUCUCAGGCUGGACAAGGUGACAUAUAGUCGGGGUUUGAAGCUCCUCGUCAGUUUUUGCCCACACCCAGUUUGACUUAAUCCUAAGUAAAAUGCAUUURAAAAGACAAAGUUCUACUCGUUGUACUUGAGUUUAAUGCCUGCCUCUUCUCAAGGCAGUAUAUGUUAGCACCAGCAUUGAAAUAACACUGCUGUUCUUCAAGGAUAUGUAUGUUACCUCUUUGUGCGAUGAAUAAAGGACCUUGAACUUAGACUUUGAGAGGUAACAGUAUUUUGUAUUUAUUUGGCAUAAACCCACAUGCAUCCACYUUCUAAUAUAGAACUUAAAUAGUAUUUUAUAUUUACAGUGUAUUUCAGUUUACCAUYUGAGAAUUAGCUGAAUGGGAUACUUCUUUAAAAAAAAAAAAAUCCUUUUGCUGUUUUCAUGAGUUUUGGGGAAAAAAGUAACAAAUUGGAAAAGGAGAAAAAGCGCUUACCACUAUCUUAAGGAGCCUAAACCAGYCCAGCUUCUGCUUUGUGGUCUCUUAGCUUCAUGAUGGCCACCAAUGCAGCUGUGUAGAUACACAUCUGGUACCCUAUGAUCUGUCCUCUGGCUGGUUUUCUUAGGUAGCAGAACUAAUGUUGCAAGMUCAUCUGUAAGAAAAGCUAUUAUGUAUUUAUUUAAUCUCAAAGUCAAGUCAAUCUCUUGGUUAUUUCUAAUGUAUGUUUUAGGACUGUGUACA